AGAAAUUUCAGUAUACUGUGCCACGUGAGGAGAGCGAGUGUACAUCGGAAAGGGAAAAUAAUUUCAUACAACUAUAGCCUUAUCUACAACCAAAGCCAACCGCCGAGAACAAGAAAACGCAUUAACCUUAAACUAUUUCUUAUACUCAUCAGUAUCAGUCACAUCUAAUUUUUAUGGCCACGACUGAUUGAUUAAAACUACCUAUAGAACAAACUGUGAAACUAAAAGAGUCACUCAACAAAUACGUCAUCAUAUUCAUAAUCAAGCUCACUGAACCAGAGAAAUUUCUCCAGAUGGUAUUAAGCUAACAUCAAUGACAACCAUAUUCUGUAAUCUUAGUCUUGGUUCUGGCUUCGACAAGCUUAACGAAUACCAUCUAAGCCGGAGAAUCUUCAAAAGGACUUAUUUGGAUUCGAAAAGUUGUUCAUGCUAUGAUACUCAAAAUCCUCUCCAUAAGACUUGUAAUAGACAAUUGAAAGCAAAGCAACGGAAUCGUUGUUCCCAGUCUUUUGUCAACAAUAAGGAAGAUUAUUACUCCAAAACCAUUCUAGAAGAGGAUAAAGAAGAAAAUAUUUCUAAGGCAACCUUGAUAUGGAGGGCAAUAAAGUUACCAAUAUACUCUGUUGCAUUGGUUCCUCUCACUGUAGGUAGUGCAGCUUCUCUUUUUCAGACGGGCCUAUUUUCAGCUGGUCGUUAUUUUCUUCUUUUUGUUUCCUCCGUUUUUAUUAUUGCAUGGUUAAAUUUAAGCAAUGAUGUUUACGAUUUUGAUACAGGAGCAGAUAAGAACAAAAAAGAGUCAGUUGUGAACCUCGUUGGCAGCCGUACAGGAACCCUUGUAGCUGCCUACUUUUUACUUUCUCUGGGCUUCAUUUUGCUAACCUGGAUAUCCAUUCAGGCAGGAAGUAAACGUGCAAUACUAUUACUCACAUCUGCAAUCACAUGUGGCUAUAUAUAUCAGUGUCCACCGUUCCGAUUAAGUUAUCAAGGACUGGGAGAGCCUUUGUGUUUUGCAGCGUUCGGGCCAUUCGCUACUUCAGCCUUUUACUUGCUUCAGGGCCCUACAAGUGAUAUUAGUCAUCCAUUGAUUCUAUCAUUAUCAUUCCUUGUUGGGAUCACAACAACAUUAAUCCUCUUUUGUAGUCAUUUUCAUCAGAUUGAAGGAGACAAGGCUGUUGGGAAGAUGUCUCCCCUGGUUAGAAUUGGAACCGAAAGAGGUGCAAAGAUAGUCAAACUGGCAACCAUCGCGCUUUAUGUUCUUCCACUUGCUCUUGGCCUGUGUAGAGUUCUUCCUUUUACAUGCAUUCUCCUCUGUGCCCUGACCUUACCCUUAGCAAAAAUAGUGGUUAGCUAUGUUGAAGAAAACCACAAGGACAAUGAGAAGAUUUUCAUGGCAAAGUACUACUGCGUGAGACUUCAUGCGCUAUUUGGGGCUGCAUUGGCUGCUGGACUUGUAUUGGCUAGAAAGGUUCCUAAAAGAUGUAUCCCAUCAAUAUUAUCAGCAUAAAUAAAAGUUUUAAGGGUAAACAUUUUGUCUUCUUACAAUUGAUUUGCAUAUAUAAUAAAAUCUUAAUUUGUACAA